CAUCAUCAGCCACCGCUAUAAUAAAAUCCCUAAAUUGACAAAGUGCCUCAUCAGCCCUCAAAGCUAGCGUCUCUGGAGAACUUGCUACGUCGAAACCAUGUCCACUUUGGUCCCUUUGCUGCCCGCCAGCGAGAGAUCCACACAUGCAUAUGGAGCGCAUGAUGAAACAUUAGUCGUAUGGGACAUAGAGGACUACAAAAUCCCUGAAAGCAUCGAUCCUUGUUUGAUCAACUAUAAAAUCGCAAGAGCUAUUGUCAAGCGUCCUCAUAUAAGGAUGUUGGAAGUGUCCAUCUGGAUUUUCGGUUCUGCUGAGAAUGCAUGGUUGACUGAAUCGCAAGACAAACUUUGGAAAUCCGAGUUUGAAGUCUGUCUCCACAAAGGGGAUAGACGUACCAGAUUAAACAUGAUUCUAGCGGAAGUAAUUUACCAUGUAUGGAGCUUGGAUGAUCCAAUAAAUUUGCUGGUACUCUCGGAAAACAAGGAGAAGAUGGAACAAGACCCCAAAUUUUGCAGAUUUCGUCAAGCUUUAGAAAACAAAGGUUUCUUUGUUGCCUUAGCACACCCUGAGACACUCAUUAACCAAGAAACUGCCGUUGAAGAGCCGCCAGAUUUUACCCCAAUACCUUACUAUCAAACCACAAGUGACAACACGCUUAAGCUAGCUUACUGGACCAAAGAAGAUGAUGAUGCUUUCAGAUCUAAUCAUAAAGAAAAAUGCCCCGGACAGCCAUCGAAUCUCUUUGUCCUUGGCGCAGAAGAAAAUCACUAGACAAAUACAAUUCUUAAGUCAUCCUUUGUUAUUUAUGCUAUAUACGAUGCUUACUUGUUCUAUCUUUCUCUGUAUUGUUUACUCAACGCCUAUCAUUACCCCCAAUUUCCACCGCUUGCGCUUCUUCAGGUCC